AUGGAUGACUUACUGAAUUUCGAUCUUACAAAUAACCAAUACAAUGGAAGUAAUAAAAAGAAUUUAUUGGGGAUAAAACAAAAUUCAAAUAGUCCUGUUUCUGUGCCCUAUCCUCAAACACCUGACAGUACUAAGGAAUCUUCGAGUAUGAAAAGAAAUCGCGAUCCGUUCGCUAAUCUCUUUCAAAGAAAGAAUGAAACUAAGAGUACUUCUUUAAAUGAGCUAGAAAGAAAAACAGCGCAGACUCCACAGACUUUGGAAUCUCCCUCUCCCAACGCCUCGAUCAGUCAUGAUCCAUACAGUAAUCUCGAGGUUCUCCAUCGGUUAUCCGAAACUGAAACAAAAGGUUCUAAUGAUGAGAAAAAAAUCGAAAAUAUUCAUUCAAAUACUAAAGACUCUUUGUUGAAUACACUGGAAGAUCUUCAAUUACAAGACGAAGACAAGUCAAUUAUGCAACGUACUUCAUUACCGGAAUUACGAAACCCUCCCGCAGAAUCAGAGACCGAAGGCAAAGUAAUUGAACAGCAUGCUCCUGAUGCUUCGUUUUCAAGCAAUUCCUCACAGCUUUCGGGUACUGAUUCUUAUGCUCAACUUCGUGCAAUGGGAUUCUCCGAUAGUCUUAGCAGAUUUGCUCUAAAACAAACCGGAUCUUUACAGGAGGCUAUAGAAUUAAUUUUCGAGCAAGAGCCUAGAUCUUCUCAAAAUCCGACUUCCAAGUCACCAUCCAGUAAUGAACAGUACUACUCUGAUAAGUUGUCUGAAUUACAGCAAGUAUCCAACCAAAUUAAAGAUCAGUUUUUUACGAAGGCAACAGAUCUAUGGAACGUUGGACGCCAAAAACUGAGGUCUGCUGUGGAAGAAAGGAAGUCUUUAAAGAAUCCAAACCAACCUCGGUGGAUGACUGAGGGAUAUGUUUCUGAUGAAUUCGAUAAUCAAUAUCCUAUAAUGCCAGCUUCAGCAAAAUCCGAUGAAGCUGUGUCGACAAAAGAACCAACUUCAGACAUCCCGCUCUCGAAAAAUGAGCCUGUAGAAGAUUUAUCUACUGAGUCUGUAUCCGAACUAGAGCAUAAAAAUGUUGACGAAUUUAAUGAUAACUUAUUCUCCUCUCUAAUAGAAAUACCAGAUGAAUCAAUAAGCCACCAGAAGGUAGCGCCUUCUUUUGAUAUGCAAAAGACGCAAGGCGAAUUAUUGCCUCAUCAUCAUCGGGAGUUGGAUCAUAAAAACGAGAAACCAUAUUUGAAAGUUCAGCGAGACGAAGUUGAUAUGGACUCUAUGUCGCGAUCUAUUAUCGAGCAAGGUCAGACAGAAGGAAAUGAUUAUUAUUACAAAGGAGACUUUAGCCAGGCAAUUGACAUCUUCAAUAAAUUACUAUCUCAAGUUCCUGAGGGUCACACUCGCUCUAUACCUCUCUUAUGCAAUAGAAGCUUAUGCUACAUGAAAAUUGGUGAUGUACGGAACAGUCUUAAAGAUUCAGUAAAAGCAUUGGAGAUUAUAGGACAAGGGAAAGGAGAAGGUGAGUUUAUAAAUGGCAAGAACAUGAACGAAUUUUAUGUGAAAUGUAUGAUUCGAAAAGCUCAAGCUUUGGAGCAAUUGGAAAAAUAUGAAUUAGCACUCGAGUCAUGGUCAGAUUUACUAUCCGGCGGUAAAAUUAACAAUCUGUCUUUGGAGGGAAAACGUCGGUGUGGACGAGCACUUGGUAAACAGCCUUCACAGCCAAAUUCAGCGAAAACUAUUUCGAAACCUACUGUCCGAAAAUCGCUGGAACUACCAAAGACAUCACAAGGAUCAGAAAGAUUAUCCGAAUUUCGUGACAAGCAAAAACAAGCUGAAAAAGUUGAGGAAAGGAGAAACCAGUUACGUGAACCAGUUCAGCAGCUAAUAAACAGAUGGAAAAGUGGCAAAGAGGGAAAUAUCAGAGCUCUUUUGUCAUCUUUGGAUACGAUCUUGUGGCCGGAAUGCCGUUGGAAACCUGUGUCUUUGACAGAUUUGGUCCUGACAAAACGCGUCAAGAUCAUGUAUAUGAAGGCCAUAUCAUGUGUGCAUCCUGACAAACUCCCCCAACAAGCAACCGUUGAGCAACGUCUAAUCGCUGAAUCUGCUUUUAGCAAUCUUAAUGAAGCUUGGGAUAUAUUCAAACAACAAAACCAACUUUAG